AUGUUGCAUGGGUUCGGCGGACACCAACAGAUGUUUAGUUCCCCAGGAUCCCGCUCCAGCUCACAAGGCCAGGUCAACUCAGCAGUGGCUGCAAAAGAACAUUCUAGAGUUCAUCUCUGCCUCGGAUUGGGCCCUGAGAAAGACGUGGUGAUCUCAACCCACUGGAUUAUGGGCUUUGGUCCGAACUGGAGAGGAUGGCAUGCCACAGAGCACACCCUAAUUUCUAAAGCUUCAAACAAUCUGGUCCGAGCAGUUGAGCCUUCCUCAGGAAGUGAUUGA